CGAGAACAAACACUGCCAAGGCGCUGCCUGGCCGGUCGUCUGCGGCGGGACAUGGCCAACGUCUCCAAAAAGGUGUCGUGGUCCGGACGCGACGUGGACGACGACGAGGCGGCGCCGCUGCUGCGGAGGGCGGCGGGGCCCGGGGCGCCGGCAGGGGAGGCCACGCCGCUGUUGAACGGGGCUGGGCCCGCGGCCGUCCGCGCGUCACCCCAUUCAGCAUUUUUCCGGAUCGGACAGAUGAGCAACGUGGAACUGGAUGAUGAGCUUCUGGACCCCGACAUGGACCCCCUUCACCCCUUCCCCAAGGAGAUCCCGCACAACGAGAAGCUUCUGUCCCUGAAGUAUGAGAGCUUGGACUAUGACAACAGCGAGAACCAGCUGUUCCUGGAGGAGGAGCGGCGCAUCAAUCACACAGCCUUCCGGACUGUGGAGAUAAAGCGCUGGGUCAUCUGUGCCAUGAUCGGGAUCCUCACGGGCCUCGUGGCCUGCUUCAUCGACAUCGUGGUGGAGAAGCUGGCCGGCCUAAAGUACAGGGUCGUCAAGGACAACAUUGACAAGUUCACGGCGCGGGGCGGGCUGUCCUUCUCCCUCCUGCUGUGGGCCUCGCUCAAUGUGGCCUUUGUGCUCCUGGGCUCUGUGAUCGUCGCCUUCAUAGAGCCGGUCGCUGCUGGCAGCGGGAUCCCCCAGAUCAAGUGCUUCCUCAACGGGGUGAAGAUCCCCCACGUGGUCCGGCUCAAGACCCUGGUGAUCAAAGUGUCCGGCGUGAUCCUGUCCGUGGUUGGGGGACUGGCUGUGGGGAAGGAGGGACCAAUGAUCCAUUCGGGCUCCGUGAUUGCUGCUGGGGUCUCCCAGGGGAGGUCCACGUCACUGAAGCGGGAUUUCAAGAUCUUUGAGUACUUCCGCAGAGACACAGAGAAACGGGACUUUGUCUCAGCAGGAGCUGCGGCUGGAGUGUCUGCUGCGUUUGGGGCCCCUGUGGGUGGGGUCCUGUUCAGCUUGGAGGAGGGUGCAUCCUUCUGGAAUCAGUUCCUGACGUGGAGAAUCUUCUUUGCUUCCAUGAUUUCCACCUUCACCCUGAAUUUCGUCUUAAGCAUUUACCAUGGAAACGUGUGGGAUCUGUCCAGCCCUGGUCUCAUCAAUUUUGGAAGAUUUGACACUGAGACGAUGGUGUACACAAUCCAUGAGAUCCCCAUCUUCAUCGCCAUGGGCGUGGUGGGUGGCAUUCUCGGAGCUGUGUUCAACGCCUUGAAUUACUGGUUGACGAUGUUUCGAAUCAGGUACAUCCACCGGCCCUGCCUUCAGGUGAUCGAGGCCAUGCUGGUGGCCGCCGUCACGGCCACGGUUGCCUUCGUGCUGAUUUAUUCAUCCCGGGAUUGCCAGCCCCUGCAGGGGAGUUCCGUGUCCUAUCCACUCCAGCUCUUCUGUGCCGAUGGCGAGUAUAAUUCAAUGGCUGCAGCCUUCUUCAACACCCCAGAGAAGAGCGUGGUCAGCCUUUUCCACGACCCCCCAGGCUCCUACAACCCCAUGACGCUCGGCCUCUUCACCCUGGUCUACUUCUUCUUGGCCUGCUGGACCUACGGGCUCACGGUGUCAGCCGGUGUCUUCAUCCCAUCCCUGCUCAUCGGAGCUGCCUGGGGCCGGCUCUUUGGCAUCUCCCUGUCCUACCUCACCGGGACCGCGGUCUGGGCAGACCCCGGCAAGUACGCCCUGAUGGGAGCAGCUGCCCAGCUGGGUGGGAUUGUGAGGAUGACGCUGAGCCUGACAGUCAUCAUGAUGGAGGCCACCAGCAAUGUGACCUACGGCUUCCCCAUCAUGCUGGUGCUGAUGACCGCCAAGAUUGUGGGGGAUGUCUUCAUUGAGGGCCUGUACGACAUGCACAUCCAGCUGCAGAGUGUGCCCUUCCUGCACUGGGAAGCCCCAGUCACCUCACACUCGCUCACCGCCAGGGAGGUGAUGAGCACACCAGUCACCUGUCUGCGGAGGAGGGAGAAGGUGGGCAUCAUUGUGGACGUGCUCAGCAGCACGGCGUCCAAUCAUAAUGGCUUCCCUGUGGUGGAGGAUGCUGACGGCACGCAGCCAGCCCGGCUCCAGGGCUUAAUCCUGCGCUCCCAGCUCAUCGUCCUGCUCAAGCACAAGGUGUUCAUAGAACGCUCUUACAUGGGCCUGCUACGGCGCCGGCUGCGGCUGAAGGACUUCCGUGAUGCCUACCCGCGCUUCCCCCCCAUCCAGUCCAUCCAUGUGUCCCAGGACGAGCGGGAGUGCACCAUGGACCUCUCCGAGUUCAUGAACCCCUCCCCCUACACGGUGCCCCAGGAGGCAUCUCUCCCGCGGGUGUUCAAGCUGUUUCGGGCCCUGGGCCUCAGGCACCUGGUGGUGGUGGACAACUGCAAUCAGGUGGUCGGGCUGGUGACCAGGAAGGACCUCGCCAGGUACCGGCUUGGGAAGGGGGGCCUAGAGGAGCUCUCUCUGGCCCAGACGUGAGGCCCUGGCACCUCCCCCGGGGUGCCUGCCUUGCUCCCCAGGCAGUGGCGGAUCCAGCGUUCUCCAGACCUCGGGGACAGCCCAGCCAGCGUGUGACACAUGUGGUCUCUUCGUUUUCUCAGUGCUCCCCUCCCCCCCCCGACCUCAUUCCUUCACCCUCCAAGAUUUCACACGCCAGCCUCCUGUUUCCUGACUUCGAGGAGUCAGUUUGUAGAACUGCUGCUCUUUUUUGAGAGACCGCAAGUGUGCGUAUGUAUCUGCAUGUGUGUGCACGUGUGACAGCUGGCAGGCUGGGCCCUGUGGGUCCGAGUACUGCAGCCCCCAGGACGGGCCCAUAGCCUGGAAGCAGUGCACCCUAAGCACCUCCAGCUGGAGGCCUGGGCGACUCGAGGCUGCAGCAGAGGCCUCUGGUCCUGUCCCUCUCAGCCCUCAGCUCAGUUUGUGGCCGUGAGAUUUGGGGUCUGGGCAGAAACACAAGCUGGACUCAUGAAGGCGAGGGCUCGGGGGAGCAGGACCACCUGGAGAGCAGACCCUGGAGCCGCACUCCCAGACACCCGUGCACCCCAAGCCACACCCACUUGGUGCAGUGGGCUCUGAGCCGGGGUCUGGGCCAAAGGGGAGAGCUGAGACACUCCUGUGGGCCCGGACCCCCAAGUCCAGCCAUGCCUCUAUCCCAGCGCCCAUGUGGACGGCACAGGGAAGGCGGGUCUUCUCAGCACACGGGGGCCGCAUGGGCCCCUGAGGACCCCCAGCCCCGAGUGAUGUUCUGGGGCAGCUCUGCUUCCAGUGUCGGGGGCAGGUUGUUUCUGGGAAGAACUGGCGAGCCCAGAGCAGGGAUGCACCCCUCCCAGGCUGGGCAGUGCCAGAUUUGGGAUCCUGUGUCCCCAGUGCCCCACGGGACUUUUUUUCUAAAGUGACUCACUUCCCCAGCCCACUUCUGUGAUGAGGUCCUUGGAUUCCUUUGUGGUAGGUUGGCGGGCACUCCACCUGGGUUUUAGCCUCUUUGAAGGGGAUGGGGCCGCAAAAGACCUCUUCCAUCCUGGCAGGGGAGCCCUCCAUGGGGGGCACAGGGGUCCAAGUGUGGGGAUCUGAAUGGGAGAAAUAAAGGAAUUGUACCCAGACAACUGGUGCCGGCUUCUCGUUCCCAUCCAGAGUGGGCCACGGUCCAGUUUCCCAGUAUUCACAGGCCCACUGGGGUCGGGGGGGCAACCCAGGAUGCGGCCCUCCUUCAUGUGUGGUGCAGGUAGGCAGUGCCCCAGCGGGGACACCCCCGAGAGAGAGAUGCAGGCGAGAGGCUCAGAGACCCACAGGUGGGGAAGCACCUGGGGCCGUCCCACGCCCAUGGAAGGGAGGCCCCUGGCCACUGCAUCCUUGUCCCCAUUGCUCCUGGGGCCGCUGCAGAGCCCUCGGGGAAGGCACUCUUUCCCUCUCCGUGCAUCCUGGCCACCGUCCUUGUCUGCAAGCUCAGGUGCACCCAAAACACGGGCCGCCCCGUCAGCACGCAGACCCGCUGGGCUCCAAGGUGUGUGGUGUGGCUGCGGGGCUUCGGGUUUCCUGGGCAAGGGGUUGCCUGUGAGACACUGACCUUGUCACAGGGAAGCCCCCCAACAGCCCUCGUGGCCGGGUCUGGGCAACAGUAGAGAGCAGGGCCACCUGGGUGGGGUGAGGCACCUGAGUGUCAGUGCUGGCCUGAAGCAAGACUGGCCACAGCGCACCCGGCUUCAGGACCCGGUGUGGGGAGAGUGCAGGCACUGUGUUCUCAGCUGCUCAAGUGUUGGUUAUGUGUUAAGGGAGUUUUUAGUUACACUGGGUUAAAUAAAAUUCACUCCACCUGUCUCUUUCGCUGAGGUUGCUCAAAUCACCAGUGCAACUGCUCUGUGGCCGGCACCCUUUCUUGGUGGCUCUGCUCUGGCCAUGUUCCCCUGUGGCACCCUGUGCCCUCGUCCUGGUUGUUGGGCUGGCUGUGUUCAGCAGGUCCUGGGCUCCAGCCUCCCUUCUCGGGUUCUCUGACCAGAGGGCCAGUGAUUGCUCCUGGGCCUCCCUCCCUUCGUGCCCAGGCCAGGGGGUUCCUGCCCGUGUCAGGCCGGCAGCCACCCCUGCUGGCUGGCCAAGUGGUACCCGCUCAGAUCCUUCUAAAAACGGGCAGUUGGGGAGGCCUUGACGGAAUGGGAAAGCUGAGGGCUCAGGUUCUACCGGCAGUUGGGCUGUGAAGUCAGGAGGUUCUGGUGAGAAAAAGAAGGUUCCAGAAGAGCCCCCGCUGCCCUGCCUACCUUGGUUUUGUCUUGGAAGGAGAGAUGUGAGGGCAGAGCUACCACUUCACACCUCAUGUGCUCCCCCUGGAUCCCAGAGCCUUCAGCUCUGACUUUUCCUGCCUCCCGCCCUCCCCUAUCCCCCUC